AUAUUUUGACUCUAUGCAUUGUCCAUUAAUGACGCAGCAUCCCGUCAUGCUGGCGUCAUAAUGAGGUUAUCAGGAGGUGGUUGAACUGUAGCAGGACAGCACUGAAGGUAUAAAACACACGGCCCGCCACUGACUUAUACACAAUAUACAAGAUUGACUUUGACGGAGCGGUUUGUCAAAGUGUAGCCCUGUGAGAGACAUCACUGCUGCAGCAACCUUCGCUGCUCUUCCCUUUAUUAAAACCCAGAGCCCACUUGAUGGUGCUAAUAAAUAUAUGUAAGCAGAUUUUUCUAGAAUUAACAGAAAUGAUGUCUGAUGGAAACCGUUGCAACCACAAUGAAGUAACUGCUCUGUAUCCUACGAAACGAACCCUAAGGUGGCAGAGAGACCGCAGCGGUAUUAACCCCUCACUGAGUGCGAGUACAUGCUCAGCUUUCCUGUAAGCUCAUCAGUGAGGUAUUGGUUGGGGUUAAUUCUCACCUCCGCAAAGUAUCGCUGUCUCUCGCUGCCAGCUUUUCAAAAACAAGAAAGCCAAUGCUGAGAUAUAUGUCCUUUUCAUGUGGCAGCAGCAUCUUCCCACCAAGAGUACGCAGUGUGCUGCUGAAACUGUUGUAUCACUGUUUACUAACGCGCUAAUCCUCAUAAAGACUGACAGCGUGAUAAUAGUAAUAAUGCUUUUUAUUUUAAAACAGGUUGAAUAAAGAUACAUGUUGAGAUUCAGAGCAUGGUUCAGAUGUGACAAACCUGAGAGGAAAAUAAAUCCCCAGCAACAUUACAAAGUAUGUUACCUGUUGCAAUGCAUAGAAGAUGUUGGGUAGGUGAAUGUGGUCGUGUUUUUUUUUUUUUUCUUUCCUUUCGUGGAAUAUGUGAAAAGGUCUCUUUUCUGAUGAUGACUUGAUGGUGGUUAGUGAGGUGGGGGUCAGCUGAAACCUCUAGCUUCCUCCCUUCAGACUGAGCUGCAGUUUGUCUUCACUCACGUUGCAAAGGUUGAACUAUAGGAAGCGCAUGAAAGACCCAAACUGUGUGAUAAAGCUCGAUAAAGUUCUGUAGUUUUAUGGUAAUAUCAUGCAGCAACUACUUCUUCAUACUAUGCAUUCAGGUGGAGGGGGAUGAGUGGAAGGGUUCUUGGUUUGUGUAAGUUAAUGUGCACUUGUCCUCCUGUGGGAGGGGUUUGUGGGUGGUGAGUGGCUUGACAGCUGAAGUGAAGACAGAUUAAAGUACACACCUCCUUCGUGCAGAGGCAACAGAUGCAUACACAAGUUUGUCUCACAGCAGGACCUGCACCAUGAGCUAUGACCACCAGAGCCCCCAGAGCACCCAGAGCUAUCCGUUCCCGCAGGUGUUCCUUGUGGACGGAAGCGGCGGACCGCAGCACUCUGGACAGCAGCCGAACCUCGUGCCCUGCUGGUCCUUCCCGCCGGCCCAGGAGAGGGCGAGGAGCCGGGGGAAGAGUCGGGGCUGCAUGGGAGUCAGCCCCGGUCUGGCCCUAAUCGUGCUGAUGCUGUUCCUGCUUGUGUUUGUGGCCCUCGGGUUCGAAGCCUACCAGAUUAACAACAUGAAGGCAGAGCUGAGAGAGAUGAAAACGGUUAAACCCGUGACUGAGUUUGAUACGCCUCAGAAGCAAAUUGCUCACGAACCCGAGACGAACAGAGAAGAGAAAAAAGACAGACCUGCAGCACAUGUGAUGGGGCGCAUUGAAAUAGAAAAAUUCCCUCAGACUUUACGAUGGGAGCCGCGGGUGGGUCGGGCCUUCACCUCGGGAUCGGUGGCGUACAGGUUUGAAGACGGCGGCCUGCAACUGAACGAGAGCGGACUCUACCACGUCUACUCGCGCGUGGAGUUGAUCUUCAAGGACUGCUCGCCCUCGUCCUCGUUCGUUCACUCUGUGUUCGUGAGGAGAACGGGGCGCUCCUCGCCUUUGAACCUGAUGGAGGCCCACAAAGCGGGUUUCUGCUCUCAGCAGCAGGGGCACGCCUGGACCACAGAGAGUUACCUCGCCUCUGCCCUGCAGCUGCAGGCGCCCGACAGAGUUUUUGUGAAUGUAUCGCACCCCUUAUAUCUUAGUCACUCUCAUUACGCCAACUUCUUUGGUCUCUACAAGAUCUGAGGGCUUUGUGUGUUUUAGUGUAGUAAUGAUACUCGUGUCUCUGAAUCUUACUCAUCUCUUUGAUUCCUUGUAUCAUUGCUAUCACGUGUAAUACCUGCACUGAAUAGCUUGAUAUGAAACGGUCUGCAAAGUCAAAACCCAGGGAAAACGUUGCACAGUCUCAUUAAUGCCAGCUUUAAAAUUGGUUGUGAAAUUUGUGAAGCAAGCUCCAGACACAUGUGUAACGAAAUAUUGUGCCUUUUUUUUUUUUAAAUAAAUGUAGAUAAAGUCAGUAAACACUAACAAGCUGAUUUAGUGUUACCAUUUAAAAACAUAUAUUUAUUUUAGGGUGGAUCUGGGAUCUGAUGUCUAAAUGUGUGAUAUAAUGGUUGGAAAUGAAUAAAGAUAUAAUUUAAGUUGAUUUUCAUUAACAGUGUUUUAUGUCUGAGUAUGUAAUGAACACCCACACGAGUUUUGUUCAUGACCACUGGAAAGUAUUUAGAUAAGUACACCAACUCAAAAUGUGGUGUUUCUCCUGAUAAUUUCCAUAUAUUCCAUUGAGGUACAGCAGAAGUCUAGAAACAGGCAGCUUUGUACUCUGACAAAUGCAGUUACACUCUCCAAAGGAGCAGAAAUGUGAGGAACAAGAAUACUUUUUAGAAUUAAGCUUACAGAGCACGAUGCAGUGCACU